GGCACGUGCCGCCUUUUCUCGGCCAGGAGUGGGCGUGGCCAGGGCGGGUCACGUGCCGUUGUUUGGCGCUUUUGUGUAGCGAGCGGGGCGGUUGGGCGCCGAGUGUGUGUGUCGCUGCGGCCGUGACAGGAACAGUUUUUUUAGUGCCCUGCUUACUGGAGUUUCUGCACCGCAUUCUUUUGAAGCCUCAGAAAUGGCGUCGUCUGACAUGCAGGUGAAAGAACUGGAAAAACGUGCUUCUGGCCAGGCAUUUGAAUUGAUACUAGGUCCUCCUUCAAAAGAUGCAGUUCCAGAAUUUCCCCUUUCCCCUCCAAAGAAGAAAGAUCUGUCGCUGGAAGAAAUUCAAAGGAAGCUAGAAGCUGCAGAAGAGCGGCGUAAGUCCCACGAAGCUGAAGUAUUGAAACAACUGGCUGAGAAACGAGAGCAUGAGAAAGAGGUGCUGCAAAAGGCGAUUGAAGAGAAUAACAACUUUAGCAAAAUGGCAGAAGAGAAGCUGACCCACAAAAUGGAAGCUAACAAAGAGAACAGAGAAGCGCAAAUGGCUGCUAAACUGGAGCGCUUGAGAGAGAAAGAUAAGCAUAUUGAAGAAGUACGGAAGAACAAAGAAGGAGGGAAAGAAGCUGGUGAGAAUGAAAGCGACUGACUUCAUCCUGGAAAUUGACUUUCUCCCCUUUGUCGAAAUAUCCAAAGACUGUAUUGGCCAGUGUUUUUGUUAAGUUCCUAGAAAACUGAUGUAGAACUGUAUAAUUAGACCCAACUGUACAUUUGCUUUGGGGAACGAGAGGGGAGCCUUUCAUGUUCACUCUUUUUUCUAAACUGUUGUCUUUCCAGUGUAGCUAUCUUGUUGCAUUUCUUCUAUUCCAGUGCAUUUUGUUCCUGGAUUGAUGGCUAGUGCUAUAUUCAGCUGACAUAUAUGUGAACGGAAUAUGUAGUGUAAUGUUCAUGCUGAAUCUGUUACACUUCAGAAUCUGUCAGUCUUACAAAUAUUACUGUAACCAAGUGACUUAAAUAAAACUGCACAGUGCUAUUA